CGCGAGUGUUGCCGCGCAGUGCAUUGUGGGGCUACGCGUAAUGCAACAUGGCGACGUCGCUGGGUGCAAAUACUUACAACAGGCAAAACUGGGAAGACGCGGACUUUCCCAUCCUUUGUCAGACAUGCCUGGGAGAAAAUCCUUACAUACGAAUGACAAAAGAGAAAUAUGGAAAAGAAUGCAAGAUUUGUGCCAGACCUUUUACAGUCUUUCGUUGGUGCCCUGGUGUAAGGAUGCGCUUUAAGAAGACAGAAGUGUGUCAGACAUGCAGUAAGCUGAAGAAUGUAUGCCAGACAUGUCUUUUGGACCUGGAAUAUGGGUUGCCAAUACAGGUUCGGGACACUGGUAUGUCAGUCAAAGAUGAAAUGCCAAGAUCAGAUGUCAAUAAAGAAUAUUAUACUCAGAAUAUGGAAAGGGAGAUUCAGAAUUCUGAUGGAACUAGGCCUGUUGGGGCACUAGGAAAAGCACAAAGCUCCAGUGAUAUGCUGCUCAAGCUGGCAAGAACCACACCUUACUACAAAAGGAAUCGUCCUCAUAUUUGCUCUUUUUGGGUUAAAGGAGAAUGCAAAAGAGGGGAGGAGUGUCCUUAUAGGCAUGAGAAACCAACAGAUCCUGAUGACCCACUAGCAGAUCAAAAUAUUAAAGACCGUUAUUAUGGCAUAAAUGAUCCUGUUGCAGACAAACUUCUGAAGCGAGCUUCUACAAUGCCAAGACUAGACCCGCCUGAAGACAAGAGCAUUACUACCCUGUAUGUUGGUGGACUUGGAGACACCAUCACUGAGACGGACCUGAGGAGUCAUUUCUAUCAGUUUGGAGAGAUUCGUACCAUCACCAUUGUGCAGCGACAACAGUGUGCUUUUAUUCAGUUUGCAGCUAGGCAUGCAGCUGAACUUGCAGCCGAGAAGUCCUUCAACAAGCUGAUCAUCAAUGGCCGCAGACUUACCGUCAAAUGGGGCAGAUCGCAGGCAGCAAGAGGAAAAGAGAAAGACAAGGAUGGAAUUACUGAGACAGGCAUGAGGCUGGAGCCCGUACCAGGUCUACCAGGAGCACUCCCACCACCUCCGGCAGUGGAGGAGGAAGCUCCAGCAAACUACUUCAACCUUCCUCCAAGUACCACCCCAGCAGUGAUGAACAUUGCCUUGCCGCCACCCCCAGGCAUUGCACCCCCCCCACCGCCAGGUUUUGGUCCUCCACUUUUUCACACAAUGGGCCCACCUCCUCCCCCUCCAUUCUUGAGAGCUCCUGGUCCUAUCCAUUACCCUUCCCAGGAUCCACAACGAAUGGGUGCCCAUGCCAACCGACUUGGAAGCUCCUAAUAGUGUCCAUACUGUGUCUUUCUUUAUUAAAAGUGCUUGGUCAUUUUAGUUAACCUGCUACAACUCAUUUGUUUUCUCUAAUAAAUGCUAACCACAGUCCUGGUGUUUAUAUUUUGUGAAUAAGGCCCAUGGUCAUUAUAUUAUGUCAGUUGUUAAGUUACCCCAGCAGGGAGAGAUAAUCAUAAGAAAUUGGUUUACUCUGAGAUAUGUUUUACUUUGCGGUAAUCCAAACCAAACAGUCUUACAUUGAGAUAGAAAUAAUAUGAAAAGUAACGUGAGCUACUAAAUUCACGAGAUAUGUUCAGUUAUUCAAAAUUAGUGAAAGAUGUUAACAAAAUGGCAUGUUUUUGCCCUUUUUAAUAUAUUUUGUGUGUUCUCAAGGUGUCAUUUGCAUGGCAGCAUAUUUUGCUAAUGAUUUUAUUAAGGUAAAUGAUUUCAUAUGCAGAAUAUCAUGCAAAUUUGAGUUUGAUAUGUGUAUUCCAUCAUCUGCCUGCGUUCACACUGAUGAGCUGUGAGUUUAUUUAAAUGUAAUUUACAACUAUGAAUUGGUGAUUGUUAAUGUAGUCGGAACAGGCUGGUUUGAUCAGGUGCAGAGCUGGCAUGGUAACAUGUCAAUCGGUCAUUAUUCUGCACAACUUCUGAUGUUCAGUUAAUAUAAAGCAAUGAUAUUCACUGCAAUUUUACUCUU